AUGAGAGGUAAGUGAGAUGGACUUGUUUUAUACAGGUUUUGCUUCUUCUUUUGUCAAAUAUAUUGUGAGUACCUUUUCCUGGAAAUGAGAUUAAGUAAUUGGGAACUACAUUAAGAACAGAGCUAUAAAGGCAGGUAUCUCAGCACAGUAAGAUGCCACUAAAACAGGAGCUUUUAUUAAAAGCUCUGAGUAUGACAAUAUAUUGAAGAAUUAAAUGCCAUGUAUGCUGUUAUUGUUCUUUCCAUAAGCCAAUUGGGAAAUGUGGAUGAGGAAACAACAGUGAAAGUCCUAUGAUGAACAAAGACAGCUGGUUUGAGACUUACCAUGAUAAGAUCCUGUCCUGCAAGGUUGUGAAGCUCCCUUACAAGAGCAACGUUUCAGCAUUCUUUAUUCUUCCUGACCAAGGAAAAAUGAAGCAGUUGGAAAAUGCACCUAGCAAAGACGUUUUCUUAAAAUGGAUGAAUUCAAUAAAAUCACAGUAAGUGGGCAUGCUACACUGGAAAGAGUGUAGUACCUAUUUGUAGGUGUAAAUAUAUUGUUGUGAGUUUGAGGGGUAGUGAUAGGCUGUGUAAAGACCAAGUCCGAUGUAAUUCCAGAACAGGAUCAAUUGAGCCUAGACAUCGCUGAGACAGGAGUGCAAACAUGCUAGGAAUGUGGGCUUGGGAGAGCACAUCUUUGAUUAGAAUUCUGUCCUCCAUAUGACACCCAAAAUCCUCCUGGCACUUUUUUUUUUCUAAGCAAUACCUCACUAGCCUCUGGUUCCUCUUUCAACAGGAGAAUAGAUCUAUUCCUUCCAAGGUUUACAAUCUCUGGCAACUAUGUUUUGAAAGGGAUCUUAAGAAGAAUGCAUAUUACGGAGGUAUUCACAGAUCAAGCAGACCUCUCUGGAAUUACGGAGGAGCCUGAGGUGAAGAUUUCCAAGGUAGGCUUCUCAAAAUUCAACAGGUUAAUCUAUAUUUCUUGUAUCCUCCAUUUUCCACCAGAGGUAUACCCUCUUGUCUGAAUUAUGUUCAAAUGAACAUAAUUUGGGGUACUUGAACCACAAUCCCAUCUCUCAUGGAGAGGAGGAGCCUAAAGUCCGUAAAUUUUGAUCUCCAUUCUUCAACCGUCGGUAAUUCUUCCUGUUUCCAUUUUUGGGCCAGGAGUAUUCUCGCCGCUGUUACUGUGUAUUGGAAAAGUUUACAGUCUUUUUUACAGAUUUCAUUUCCUACAAUUCCUAAAAGAAAAGCCUCCGGUUUCUUAACAAAUGUAUAUUUUAACAUCUUUUUCAAUUCAUUAUAAAUCAUUUCCCAGAAGCCUUUCACUUUCUUACAUUCCCACCACAUAUGAUAAAAUGUCCCUUCUUUUUCUUUACACUUCCAACACUUAUUACAUGUUUUAUACAUUUUUGCUAGUUUUACUGGAGUGCUAUACCAUCUAUAUGCCAUUUUCAUAACACUUUCCUUUAACGCAGUACAUGCCGUAAAUCUUAGUCUUUGAUUCCAUAGUUUUAUCCAAUCAUCCAAUUCUAUCCAAAAUCCCUGGCCCAAUGUACCAUCACCGAUUUAACUUCUUCAUCUUUUGUAUAUCAUUCCAGCAACAAUUUAUACAUUUUUGAUAAAAUUUUAUAGUUGUUACUUAGUAUUUCUGUUUGAAAUUUUGAAUCCUUUUCCACAUAACCGCACUCUUUACAAUCCUUUUUAAACAUUUCAUUAACCUGAUAAUAAUGCAACCAAUCAUAUACAUACUCUUGAGAAGAACAUUUUCUUUCACCCUCUGACCAUUUCCACUGCCUUGGCCCUAGUGUCACUGGGAGCUAGAACAACUAUGUUGAGCCAGCUUUUGUCAGGACUUGGCUUUAAUGAUAUUAAGUAAUUGGAAACUAGAUUAAGAACAGAGCUAUAAAGGCAGGUAUCUCAGCACAGUAAGAUGCCACAAAAACAGGAGCUUUUAUUAAAAGCUCUGAGUAUGACAAUUAAUAUUUUGAAGAACUAAAUGACAUGUAUACUGUUAUUGUUCUUUCCAUAAGCCAGUUGGGAAAAACCUUUCAAUUCUCUGAAUACAAGAAAAGGAGACUUCUAUGUGGAUGAGGAAACAACGGUGAAAGUCCCUAUGAUGAACAAAGUCAGCUGGUUUGAGACUUACCAUGAUAAGAUCCUGUCCUGCAAGGUUGUGAAGCUCCCUUACAAGAGCAAUGUUUCAGCAUUAUUUAUUCUUCCUCACCAAGGAAAAAUGAAGCAGUUGGAAAAUGCUCUUAGCAAAGACGUUUUGUUAAAAUGGAGGAAUUCAACAAAAUCACAGUAAGUGGGCAUGCUAUAGUAGAAAGAGUGUAGUACAUAUUUGUAGGUGUAAAUAUAUUGUUGUGAGUUUGAGGGGUAGUGAUAGGCUGUGUAAUGACCAAGUCCCUUGUAAUUCCAGAACAGGAUCAAUUGAGCCUAGACAUCGCUGAGACAGGAGUGCAAACAUGUUAGGAAUGUGGGCUUCGGAGAGCACAUCUUUGAUUAGAAUUCUGUCCUGCCAUAUGACACCCAAAAUUCUCCUGGCACAUUUUUUUUCAAUGCAACACCUCACUAGCCUCUGGUUCCUCUUUCAACAGGAGAAUAGAUCAAGCAGACCUCUCUGAAAUUCCUGGGAAGCGUGAGGUGAAGAUUUCCAAGGUAGGCUUCUCAAAAUUCUACAGGUUGAUCUAUAUUUUCUUGUAUCCUCCAUUUUCCACCAGAGGUACCCUCUUGUCUGAAUUAUGUUCAAAUGAACAUAAUUUGGGGUACUUGAACCACAAUCCCAUCUCUCAUGGAGAGGAGGAGCCUAAAUACUUGCUAUUCCAGCUCGGAUGAUUAAGAGACACCAAAAACCCAUCUCUCCCUCUGCUAUAGCCUAAUGGCAUGAGUGGUGCUUGGUGACAGUUGAGGGGGGAGCCCCAAUGGAGCUGGUCUCCCAACAGAACUGAUGGAGAGACUCUUAAGCCCCAGCUCUCCCUCUUCCCUUGGUCAUGCUAUCUGGGGCUGAUGGGAUCCAAAAACAUCAGGAGGGCCACAGUUUCCCCACCUCUGACACAGAAUUUUCAAGAGCAGAUGAUUCGGUACCAGUUGCUUUGCAAAGACUGCAGUUAGCAUUGGAGAAGGAGGAGAAAUCUGAUAUAUUUGCAAGCUUUGUGCAGACAGUAUGGUUUAUCACAUACCUGCUUUAGUCUGACCUGCUCAGGCACUGUAAUUUUUUUAACGAUAUAUACGAUAUCUUUAUUGUCAUUGUGCCACACAGAACAAUGAAAUUGAAAAUCUACAUAAAAUAUUCAAAAAUCCCUAAAAACUCUGAAACCCCAUUUUAAAAUACAAUAUACUAUAGUGCUGACGAACCAUAUGCUGUGUGUAUUACUGCAGCCUAAUUUUAAAGUAUAUUACUAAAUAUGUCUUUUAUCCAGUUAUAUAAACUUUUGUAUUUAUCUGUUUAUGUGCUGGCUACUUUUGGAAACCUAGUGUUUAUAAUAUUAUAGGAGUAAUAGGGUAAUAUUAUAUGUGGUAUAUAUGAAAGAAGUGUUCGUAUUUUUAGCAUAAUGAGCCUGGUAUGGGGAUCUUGCUUCUCAUCAACAGUAAGGGAGAGAGACAAGAACUAGGAAAAAAUAAUUAUGGAGAAGAUUGACAUCAAGAUUUUAAGAAAAUUCCUUCAGUUCCUUGAGGCUGACUGAUACACAAAUAUGAUGCUUAGAACUGGUUAGAGGAACCAGAUCAAUAGGUAAUCAGAGUGAGAAACGACCACAUGAUGUUGUUUCUUAAGACAUUCGGUGGAUAAGACACUUAGUGGAUUUAUUUGUUUUGAAGGCCUAGAUUUUCUCAUGAUAAAAUCCUGAGUCAGACACAACCUUGCACUAAUUUCUGUUGUGUUUCUUUGCAGGCUAUUCACAAAGCUUAUUUAAAUGUCUAUGAGAAUGGCACGGAAGCUGCAGCUACUACUGCCACUGAAAUUGUUCCUAUCUCCCUUCCUCGUGUAAUAAUUACGUUCAAUCGCCCCUUUCGGUUUGUGAUGACUAGCGAGUUUAACCCCAUCUUCAUGGCAAAAGUCACGAAUCCUACUGAGGCAUGA